UUGUUUUUUGUUUUUAUUUAUAAUACUAAUAAUAAUAAUAACAAUAAUAGUAGUAGUAAUAAUGUUGCUGCUGUUAUUGAAGUAAUAAAGUAACAUUAAAGCACCACAAAUAUUAACAUUAACAUUUAAAUGUUUCCACAUUUUUGUAAACUGUCUAAAGAAAUCGCAGUGGUAAUAUUGACAAAGGAAAAACAGCCAUGAUACAAUGUAGUAAUACAAGUGCUGUUUUGUAUAUUUAAUUACUCUUAAAAAAAUAGGAAUUCAUGAGCCUUGAUACGCCCCUCAUUCUAAAGAGAACCUUCACAAUCCUAUGAGCUAUAUCAUUAAAAUGCAAUAGGUCAACAACUAAAGCAUACAUUUUUGGAUCCGUGUUUAUGUAGACUGAUGUUCUGAGACUGAUGUUCUGUUCAUUUUGUAGACUAAGGGAUCUCACAAAAUGAUUGAGAAGAGGCUAUGAAUUUGCCCUCUAGUGAUCCAUUCAAGUGUACCUUGUUUUGAUUAGUUAAACAAUUUAUUUCCAGCAUGUCAUAAAGUUUACUAUCAGUCUCUGUUUGAUAUCUGCUGCUGCAUGAGCUGUUUAUGUCAGACCCAAGACGUUUAGAAAGGGAAACACGUUGGUUUCCUGUUUCACAGAUGUAUUUUUGUAAACAUAUUGUGUGUGGCACCUGUUAGAAAUUCAACUGUUACCUUUAUGGUAUGAAUUAUACAAAUACAAAAGGAAUCUAGAUUCCAAAUAAAAAGAAAUGAACUGAGAACAAAUUUUCACAAUUUCAUUUCAAGAAAUAAGGCUUAAAUGUUGUUUUAUACUGUUUUUGUUUAGAAUGAAUCUUCUCGGAACCUGUAAAAUAUUGAGAUACUGUAUAUCAUUUCCACUCUGCAUUCCAACAACUUUUCUUGUAUGUUUCUGUCUAGUGAAAUUCUAUCCUUUGCUGAGCCAAUGUAUACAUAACAGCUUUGCUGUGCUAUUAGUUUUAGUUUUAGAUGACAUGUGACCUUUCAAAAAUGUCAAGCGCAUCUCAUAUGCAAGAUUCUCUGACGAACCAACACGUCCUUCUAUCACAUCUUUGACAUCUGUCAAAAGGAAAAGAAAGCAACUGUGACCUAAUUUAGUGAACCGUCUUCAACAGAUAUAAAAUAAAAAAACAUUUCUGAUUUUUCAGUAAUGUGUAUGAUGUAAUGUUUCAUCUUUUAGUUAUAAAAAUUAUAAUGAUGUAAUGUUCUGUAGGCAUUACACCAUAUGUAAAGUGUGAAUAGACUCAAAUAGAAGAAGGAAAAGUGGGUUUUGUGUCAGUAUAAGCAACAGUAAAGCUUAGGCGUACAUUGCCAUGAUUCACUAAACUUGUUGCCUUUGCACUUUAAAAUGAUUUCCAUGAAUCACAGAAUUAACACGAUAUUGUUUAAAUCCUUACCGGUAAAAAUGUACAAAAACCUGUAAAUCAGUGUACAAAACCUGUGAGAUAUUAUUCUCGGUCAUUUACACUUUUCUGUACUUCCCAGAUCUUUCCUGUUUACCAUUGCUGUCUGGUGGGAACCAGUAUAUCACACAGUGAUUACCAAUUGUGAAUCAUCAAAGAAUUACAAAUGAAGACACCACUGUAGAGAAGUAACAUAGACCCAGUUUUGAGGUUGGGGUAAAAUCUGCUGUAAUUCCACCCCAGGGUUGAAUUGCUUGUAUGUGGGUGUGUCUUAGUGCUUAGCGAGCUUAAGGUGAAACCUGUGACACAUCAGCUCUGUAGAUUCUAAGUGUCCCACUCACAGCGGGGAAAAGGAAAUGACGGGUAUCAUCGUCUAUUGCUUGCAGCAGCUGCACUGUACGUGAACACCCGGAGACCGCAAUUCUUUCCUUUGCCUGCUCAAUUCCAUUUCUCUUCAGGAAACUUGAAGUUUGUGAAAACCCUUAGAUCUACAUGUGUGGUGUGGGUGUGUGUGUGUGUGUUUGUGUGAGUCUGUCUGUCUUUUUUUUCCUUUUCAUACUCUCACUCAAACCACCAUGAGCUGUUCAGUUUUUUGCCCCUGAACUUUCCAGUCACCAUGGAAGGUGUCUAAUGUAAAUGUAUAUCAAUAUUGUAACUGUCUGUACACCUUUAGAACGCCUUUUCCCUCUGAAGCAGCUGAAUAGAACAUCUGUCUUGAGCAAUAUGAGACUCAAAUCAAACCACAUGCGGCAACAUUCCCCAACAGCUUUCUGGUGCCUUGGACAGAGUUGUUGCAAAACUCAGCUUACACGUGUCACUUGUGAACGCUCAGUGGAGCAGAAGAGGCCACACAGGAUCCAGACCUGCCUGUUAUUUUUCAUGAAGGAUCGUGUGAAGAUGGAGCAUACGCAUCCGGAGAGCACAAAGAGCAAACUGAGGGAGCUGGCCCUCAGGUGGUUCACCGAGACCCAGGCUCCUCUCAUCCUCCACAAAGGCAACUUUCCUGCCUGGUUCCAGGGCUUCAUCAGCAGAAAGGAUGCAGAAGAUCAUCUGAGAGAUAAAGAAUUGGGCUGUUUCCUUAUUCGCCUCAGUGAUAAAGCUACAGGAUACAUCCUGUCAUAUCGAGGACGUGAUCGGUGUCGACACUUUGUUAUUAACCAGAAUAAGGAGGGGCAGUUUAUUGUGACAGGAGACACCGAAAUGCAUGAUACACUUACCAGCCUGAUCGAGUAUUACAAGACCAGUCCUAUUGAACCAUUUGGAGAAUAUUUAACAGUGUCUUGUUUUGAGUUACCUGCAAAUGAUCUGUACGAUGUGGUGCAAUUUGAGCCCAAGGUGAAGCCAGGGGUAAGUGUGGAGGCAGUAAGGAAGAUUUGGAACCAGCGAGCUGAACAGGCAGCUCAGUCUCAGCAUGCUCCAGUCUUGCCACCCAAGAGCACCAAAAACAUCCAGGCAAUCCCUCCAGUUCCAAAAAGAGGAUGCCCAGUAAAGACAAGCUCUCUGGAGGAAAAAUGCAGCUCAAGCAGUAAAGUACUAUAUGCUCAGCUGGAACAGGCCAAGCCUCUGGAAAGCAGAGAUAGUGAUGCUAGAGGUCCACGGGCGAGACACGGUGGAGCUGGGCCAGUUCUUUGUCCACCAAAUGUCACAGCCCAGGACAUGCCUACACCGGGAAAAGCCACCAUUUAUUCAGAACUCAGCCUUUCAGAAUGCAGGAGUAAAUCACUCCCCCUACCGGAGGAUAAAACAAAGGACGAGCCUUCGUAUACGGUGAACACCUUUACAGACAACCCACCUCAGCUGUUCACUAAACUCCAGAGAGAGAAUGCUAAGAAAACCAGCAGCCAUGAGGUGCCAAGCCACAGCCACACUAUGGAUAAGCUAAGUGAUCAUUCCUUCUAUCAGCUGGCUGGCAAGUCUGCCCAACAAAUAGACAUGCAGCAGCGAGGAAAUAGUGACGCUACAUAUGCUGAAGUGCCUUGUGAACCCAGGCCAAACCAUUUGCUCUUAGACAACACUUAUGAGCAAAUUCCUGAAUCAAGAUCCACUACAAACCCAAACGAGAACUCUGUUCAUGGAAACACAUAUGAGACACUAGAAGACUUCAAACCAAAGCCAAGCGAGUCAACAUGGGGCUUUAAGGGUGACAAGUGGAAACGACUGCUCCCUGAAAACUGGAAGAAAUGAUCGAGUCUUCAUUCACUAAAUCAACUGUUACAUAUAAACACGCAAAUCAUGAGAGUUACACUAAACACAAAAGCAGUCAUUUUAUUAACCUUAUUUAUGUCAAGGCUAUUAUAAAUCCAUUCAAAUGUUAAAAUGAAUUCAUGAGGUUCUAUUCUAGUGUCCUUUAUAGAUAUUUGUUUUUAUUGUGUAGAAAUAUUUAAACUGGUAUGUUUUUGCAUUUGUAUUUAUUAACUUAAUAAAAAAUCUAGUUAUCCAUAAA